AGUUCCUCUUCCGGCCAGCAGAGGCGGCAGUGAGCGCGGAGGCGGCAGUGAGCGCGGAGGCGGCAGUGAGCGCGGAGGCGGCAGUGAGCGCGGAGGCGGCGGCACUGAGCGCGGAGGCGGCAGUGAGCGCGGCGGCGGCGGCACUGAGCGCGGAGGCGGCGGCACUGAGCGCGGAGGCGGCAGUGAGCGCGGAGGCGGCACUGAGCGCGGAGGCGGCAGUGAGCGCGGAGGCGGCGGCACUGAGCGCGGCGGCGGCAGUGAGCGCGGAGGCGGCACUGAGCGCGGCGGCGGCACUGAGCGCGGCGGCGGCAGUGAGCGCGGCGGCGGCAGUGAGCGCGGGGGCGGCAGAGAGCGCGGAGGCGGCAGAGAGCGCGCUGCCGAGCGAGGAAGACGUGGGCGCCAUGUUUGUUUUUACGAGGCCCCGAGGAGACCGGUCCACCCUCGGAGGAGCAGAGGAUGAGGAGAUGAAUGGAGUGAAAGAGGAAGCAGAACAACGAGGAGAGGACUGUCAGCAGCUUCCUGCUGAAGGAGACGGGACCGUCCCCGACAUCCAGACGCCGUCUCCACCAGAACAACCUGCAUCAGAACCGAGCGGCCGUCCGUUGAAACGCCGUCACUGCUGUUCAGAAUGCGGCAGGGAGUUUUCCCGUCCGUCCCGGCUGGCCGACCACAUGCUCUCGCACUCCGGGGACAAACCGCACAGCUGCGGCGUGUGCGGGAAGCGCUUCACCAAGAAGGUAAACGUGGUGGUGCACCAGCGAGUCCACACCGGUGAGAAGCCGUACUCGUGCCCGGACUGCGGGCUCAGCUAUGCCCAGCUGGGCUGCCUGCGGAGGCACCGGCUCCGGCACGCCGCCGAGAAACCGCACCACUGCGCGGUGUGCGGCCGCGGCUUCAUUCAGCGGCGCCAUCUCGUACAACACGAGCGGACGCACACCGGGGAGCGGCCGUUCUCUUGCCCGCUCUGCCCGAAGCGCUUCGCCUCCAGGACGGGUCUCACCGACCACCAGAAGACCCACGGAGAGGAGAACCUGUACUCCUGCUCGUUCUGUGAGAAGGUUUUCUCCACGCCGUCGUCCUUCAGGGAUCACGUGAGGAUCCACACGGGACAGAAGCCUCACGCCUGCUCGCUGUGCUGCAAGAGCUUCAACCGGCCCGGCCUGCUGAGGAAACACCUGCAGAAACACGCAGAGGGAAACGAUGUGCUCACAGCUCAAGGUGCAGCCAGAAAGGAGGACUCGCCUCAUCGCUGCUUCCUGUGCCGCAAAGAUUUCUCCACCUCCGAGAAGCUGCUGCAGCACCUGCAGCUCCACCAGAGGGCGCUGCAGUUCGUGUGCGACAUCUGCGGCCGAGGCUUCUCCAGAGCGUCCCGGCUGAGGGAGCACGUGCGGUCUCACACCGGAGAGCGGCCGUUCCAGUGUGACGUCUGCAAGAAGCGGUUCUCCAUACACAGAGUGUUCAGGAGGCACCAGGAGAUCCACAGCAGGGAGCGACGCUGCGCCGCCAACGAGAACCCUGAAGAACGGCUCGGUGGCGGCAGCACGGCGGCGGUUUCUGUGGGGAGUCUGAACGGGCUGCAGGAGCUGAAGGUUGAGAACCGAGAUGAUGACGAUGAAGAGGAAGCGGUGCAUUCACUGACCGGCGGCGUGAAGAAGCUGCACAGCUGCUCCGUCUGUGGGAAGAGCUACACGAGGCCGUCCAGGCUCAAGGAGCACUUGAAGAUCCACGCGACGGAGAAGCUGCACCGCUGCUCGGUGUGCGCCAAGGCUUUCACCACCACGACCAACCUGAGAGCCCACGAGAAGAUCCACAUGGCCAACAAACCUCACCCCUGUAGCAUCUGCCCCAAGAGCUUCCUGAGGCCCUGCCUGCUCCGCAAACACAUGAGGAUCCACAUCAGGGACGGACUCAUCUCCGACCCCGCGGACCAGGAGUUCUGGUUCAACAUGAAGACAGAGGAGGAGGAGGAGGAGGAGGAGGAGGGAGAGAUGAUGAUGAUGAUGGAGGAGGAGGAGGAGGAGGAAGGUUUGAAGGAGCAGGACUCAGAAGACCUUUCUACCACCUCCGAGUCCUUCCUCACCACAUCCAGACCUCUACCUGGUAUCCAUGGUGACCAGGACAGGUUGCCGUUGACGGAGGACAACGGAGGAGAGGAGGGAGACGUCAGCGGUUUGAUCAACUCUGAUGGAGAGGAGGAGGACUGGAGACCGGUGCUCAUCGGUUCGGUGCCGGAGGACAACGCCAACCGAUGCGGUUCGAGCUCCAACGAACAAGAUGGCCACUCAGAGAUCCAGGCAGACGCCGGCGACGGGAAAAGGAAGCACUGCUGUCCCGUUUGCGGUCGAGACUGUUUCAAGGCGUCGGCGCUGCAGAAACACCUGCGGAUCCACUCCGGCGAGCGUCCGUUCCAGUGCCCCACCUGCAGGAAGAGCUUCACCCAGCAGGUCCACAUGACGGAGCACCAGAGGAUCCACACCGGGGAGAAACCCUACACCUGCACCGACUGCGGCAAGAGCUUCACCUUCUCCAGCGCCCUGCGCCGACACCAGCGGCUGCACACCGAUGCCCGGCCGUACCAGUGCUCCGUCUGCCAGAAGACCUUCAAACAGCAGAGCUCGCUCAAGAGCCACCAGCUGACGCACGCAGGGGUCCGCUACCAGUGUCCCCUCUGCAACAAGAGCUUCAGCCGCGCCCUGGAGCUCACCUACCACGUGGACGUGCACUCCAACACCCGGCCGUACUUCUGCAACAUCUGCAAGAAGAACCUGAGCGGGGCCAGGAUCUUCCGCAACCACAUGAAGAAACACGAGUCCCCAAACUCGCCGCUGAUGCCGCUAGCCGGGCCGAGCGAGGAAAACCAGCAGCCCGUGUAAAGACCUCAUCAGCAGCCAGUCGUGUGUGGAGUAGGUUGCUAGGCAACCAGGGAGGAGUUUUAGACAGGCGGACGCUCACCGACCGCAUCAGAACCGGAGUUUAUUUAUACCAACAGUCCGAACUCCAAUGAUUGAAUGAAAGAUACACGAGCCGAGUACGAAGGUCAAAGGUCAGCCUGCUCCAGGACUCUCUGUAAGGUUGAUCCGUUAACCCAAAGACUCUUUUGUGUUUACCCACGAGGCCGUUCUGCUGCUACCAAGUGUGUUUGUGUCAUUUCAGUCCUGCUAAUGUAACCAAAGUAUCACUUAUCACUUAUUUAUAGUAGAAAUCACUGAACGUCUUAUUGUUUCACCAAUAAAGAGACUGAGACACAACAA